AUGAAGUCGCAGGCUCUGUCCGCCGCCAGCUUGACGGCUCUGCUUGCUGGCACCGCCUCCGUCGCGGCCGCCGGCUCGCGUGCCGCCACGCCGGACCAAUGCGUGCGUUCCAUAUUCCUUCCCUGGCUCUGCCCUCUUGACCACUCGCUGGUCCCGCAGCAGUACGGCCCUCACGGUAAUGCCGCUCUCUCUUCGUCUCACCAGCGGCCGAGUACGCGGCGCAGCAGGCGACCUACUGGUCCCUGGACAACGCCCUCCGCGCCCCCCGAGUGCAUCGUGCUCCCGCGGUCGGCCGCCGAGGUGGCCGCGGCCGUCAAGGCGCUCACCACGGGCGGCAACGCCCGCUGCACGCCCAACUGCCAGUUCGCCGUCCGCAGCGCCGGCCACAUGGCCAACGCUGGGGCGAACAACAUCCAUGCCGGCGUCACUAUCGAUCUGGGCUACAUGAACUCGACCGUCUACAAGCCCGAGCAGAGCAUCGCCUCGGUCGGCCCCGGCGCUCGCUGGGGCUCCGUGUACACGGAGCUUGCCAAGAGCGAGGUCAUGGUGGCGGGCGGCCGCGCCUCAACCGUGGGCGUGGGGCGGCCUGCUGCUCGGCGGCGGCAACUCCUUCUACGCGGCCGCGUGCGGCUUCGCGUGCCACGGCGUCGCCAACUUCGAGGUCGUGCUGGCCGACGGCUCCGUCGUCGACGCCAACCGCACCUCCAACCCAGACCUGCACUCGCGCCCUCAAGGGCGGCUCCAGCAACUUUGGCAUCGUCACCCGCUUCGACCUCGACCCUCUGGGGCGGCACCGUCGGGUGGGCGGACGCGGGCUCGGCCGCGGUCAUCAAGGCCAUGAAGAACUUUGCCGACUCGGCCGGCGACCACCAGGACUCGAGCUCCAUCGACUUCUGGACCUUCACCCAGGGCUCGGGCGCCACCGAGCCCAUCGUCAUCGCCGCCCUGCACAGCACGGCCGGCGUGCCCGCCGCCGCCCCGCAGUACAGGGAGUUCCUCUCCAUCCCCAACAACAUCAGCUACGCCAUGCGCAAGGACUCCCUCGUCCGCUUCACCGACGAGCUCGAGGUGCCGCGCGGCAGCUACAACUCGUGGCAGGCGCUCGCCUUCAAGAACGACGAGGCCGUCAUGGCCUUUGCCAUCGACUCGUACAAGCAGCUCAUGAAGGAGUUCGAGGCGGAGACCGGCCCGUCGCUCGGCUUCACCACCCAGGCCAUGUUCCAGCCCCUCUCGGCCCACCAGUUCGCCCAGGCCGCCCGCUCCGGCGGCAACGUGCUCGGCCUCGCCGACCACACCGAGACCCUCAUCAUGUUCCUCGGCAUGACCGCCUACAAGGACCAGGCCAAGAAGGCCUACGUCGACCGCAAGAUGGCCGCCUGGGUCGCCUCCAUCAAGGAAUUCGCAAAGAGCAAGGGUGCCGACGACGAGUACCUCUUCCUCAACUACGCAGGCCUCAACCAGAGCCCCUUCAAGGGCUACGGCGAGGCGAACCUCAAGUUCAUGCGCGACGUCGCCGUCCGCUAUGACCCCAAGCAGGUCUUCCAGAACCGCGUCCCCGGCGGCUUCAAGCUCAAGAACGCCUAG